CCCCUCCCUCGACCACCGCUCCCUCACCCACCAGCGCCUACAUAAAGGCAGACAAAUCUUCAGAGGUCGUCCCAGCGCGAUACUCACACAGGCGAGAGCCCCACCAAAAACUUCUCACGAAUCUGUGCUCGAGCACACAACCACCGUCAAGAUGGUUAACUUCACCACCGAGGAGAUCCGUGGACUCAUGGACAACCCGAACAACAUCCGUAACAUGUCCGUCAUUGCCCACGUCGAUCACGGAAAGUCCACCCUCACCGACUCGCUCGUCCAGCGUGCCGGUAUCAUCUCCGCCAAGAACGCCGGUUCUGCCCGUUUCACCGAUACUCGCCCCGACGAGCAGGAGCGUGGUGUGACCAUCAAGUCGACUGCCAUCUCCCUCUUCGGUGAGCUGCCAGAGGAGGACGAUCUCAAGGACAUCCCGGUCAAGACCGAGAAGAACGCUUUCUUGGUCAACUUGAUCGAUUCGCCCGGUCACGUUGAUUUCUCUUCCGAGGUCACGGCCGCUCUCCGUGUCACUGACGGUGCCCUCGUCGUCGUCGACACCAUCGAAGGUGUGUGCGUGCAGACCGAGACUGUGCUCCGUCAGGCGCUCACUGAGCGCAUCAAGCCUGUUGUCAUCAUCAACAAGGUCGAUCGCGCUCUCCUCGAGUUACAACUGUCCAAGGAGGAUCUCUUCCAGAACUUCGCCCGUGUCAUCGAGUCCGUCAACGUGGUCAUCUCCACCUAUUUCGACAAGACCCUCGGAGAUGUCCAGGUCUACCCAGAGAAGGGUACCGUUGCUUUCGGUUCCGGUCUUCACGGAUGGGCUUUCACCGUCCGCCAGUUCGCCACACGUUACGCCAAGAAGUUUGGUGUUGACAAGACCAAGAUGAUGGAGAGGCUUUGGGGCGAAUCAUACUUCAACCCCCACACCAAGAAGUGGACCAAGGUUGGCACCCACGAGGGCAAGACUCUUGAGCGUGCUUUCAACCAGUUCUGUUUGGACCCCAUCUUCCGCAUUUUCGACUCCGUCAUGAACUUCAAGACCGAAGAGGUCACCAAGCUCUUGGAGAAGCUCGAGAUCAAGCUUGUCGGUGACGAGAAGGACCUCGAGGGCAAGCAGCUCCUCAAGGUUGUCAUGCGCAAGUUCUUGCCCGCCGCCGAUGCCCUCAUGGAGAUGAUGAUUCUCCACCUUCCAUCCCCAGCUGUCGCUCAGCGCUACCGCAUGGAGACCCUUUACGAGGGUCCUCCAGACGAUGAGUCUGCCAUUGGUAUCCGCGACUGUGACGCCAAGGGACCUCUCAUGUUGUACGUCUCCAAGAUGGUGCCGACCUCCGAUAAGGGUCGUUUCUACGCUUUCGGCCGUGUCUUCUCUGGUACCGCCCGCUCCGGUCUCAAGGUCCGCAUUCAGGGCCCCAACUACAUUCCCGGCAAGAAGGAGGACAUGUUCAUCAAGUCCAUCCAGCGCACCAUUCUCAUGAUGGGUCGCUACACCGAGCCAAUCGAGGAUGUGCCAGCCGGCAACAUUCUUGGUCUGGUCGGUAUCGAUCAGUUCUUGCUCAAGUCUGGUACCCUCACCACCUCCGAGACCUCGCACAACUUGAAGGUCAUGAAGUUCUCUGUCUCUCCCGUCGUGCAGCGCUCUGUCGAGGUCAAGAACGCCAACGAUCUGCCCAAGCUCGUCGAAGGUCUCAAGCGUCUGUCCAAGUCUGACCCUUGCGUCCUGACCUACAUCUCCGAGUCCGGUGAGCACGUUGUUGCUGGUGCCGGUGAGCUCCAUCUCGAGAUCUGCUUGAAGGAUCUCGAGGAGGACCACGCUGGUGUCCCUCUCCGCAUUUCCGACCCUGUCGUGCAGUACCGUGAGACUGUCGCUGGCGAGUCCCGCAUCCAGGCUCUGUCCAAGUCGCCCAACAAACACAACCGUCUCUACGUUGUCGCUCAGCCUCUCGCUGAGGAGGUCUCCAACGACAUCGAGUCCGGCAAGAUCGGACCACGUGACGAUUUCAAGCUCCGCGCUCGUCUCCUCGCUGACGAGCACGGCUGGGACGUCACCGACGCCCGCAAGAUCUGGUGUUUCGGUCCCGACACCAACGGUGCCAACUUGCUUGUCGACCAGACCAAGGCCGUCCAGUACCUCAACGAAAUCAAGGAUUCCGUCGUCUCCGGUUUCCAGUGGGCCACCAAGGAAGGUCCCGUUGCCGAGGAGCCAAUGCGCAGCGUUCGCUUCAACAUCAUGGAUGUCACCCUCCACACCGAUGCCAUCCACCGUGGUGGUGGACAGAUCAUCCCAACCGCGCGUCGUGUGCUCUACGCUGCUACUCUUCUCGCCGACCCUGGCCUCCUCGAGCCCGUGUUCUUGGUCGAGAUCCAGGUUCCCGAGCAGGCAAUGGGUGGUAUCUACGGUGUGCUCACCCGCCGAAGAGGUCACGUCUUCGAGGAGGUCCAGCGCCCCGGUACUCCUCUCUUCAACAUCAAGGCUUACUUGCCCGUCAACGAGUCCUUCGGAUUCAACGCCGAUCUCCGCUCCAACACCGGUGGACAGGCCUUCCCUCAGUCCGUCUUCGACCACUGGCAGAUCCUCCCCGGUGGCAGCGCCCUCGACCCCACCACCAACUCCGGAAAGAUUGUCGAGACCAUGCGUACCCGCAAGGGUCUCAAGACAGCAGUUCCCGGCUACGAGAACUACUACGACAAGUUGUAAGCAGCAGGACGAUCAGAUUGCUGUUUGUUUGGGAUGGUGUGGAAAGAGGUCGUGGAAGAGUCUUCAGGGCUUUCCGCGACUAAUUGAGAAAAUCUGCUGCUUGGUAGAUCAAAGCGUACUUCUCAAAUGAUGAAACAAAGAAGCAGGCCGAGAAGGCCCAUGAGC